ACAAUCAGGAGGCGGGACUUUACUAAAUACGGGUAGCGCUGCGGAGGCUUGUGUAGUUAGCGAGUGAGCUAGCUCGCUGUAAUGAGUGUUUCGUAGACAGGAGACCUCGCCAUGUCGCACAUUUCUGUGAAUUAUGUGUUGUUAGGCGGACAGUUUUUCUUGCUCGCCUCGGUGCUGCUUUUGCAGUGCCUGGAAGGGAUUCUCUCUGAAAACUCCACUACACCCGGAAGCAGAGAGACGACAUCAGCCAUUACAUCCACCAGCACAAUAACAACAACAACUACUACUACUACUACUACAACAACUACAACUACAGCAGCAGCAGCUACAUCUGCUACAGUUACUUCUCUGUUCAGACAGGAACCUGAAGAAAAUGCCACAUAUAAUAACAUCCCAACAACAGAGCCGUCUAAUCACACGGAGCAGUAUGAAUACAGCCCUCCAUCACCGGUGGUCCUCUGUCGGUACCUUCCCGAGGAGUUUAUACACUGCAGAGAUCCUGUUGAUCAUGAUGGAAACAUCACGGCCUUCCAGGAGCUGGGACACGGCUGUGUGAAGAUUGGAAAUCAAGGCCAGGUGUACAAAGAUGUAAAUCACACUCAGGUGCUGUGCACAGCGCUGGACGGCAUCGAGUGUGCCGGGUCUCGGGAAUUCCUGCGGGGGAACGAGCCGUGCAUCAAAUACACGGGCCACUACUUCAUCACCACGCUCCUGUACUCGUUCUUCCUGGGCUGCUUCGGCGUGGACCGCUUCUGUCUGGGCCACACGGGCACCGCCGUCGGGAAGCUCCUCACUCUCGGAGGCCUGGGAAUCUGGUGGUUCGUGGAUCUCAUCCUCCUCAUAACUGGAGGACUGACGCCGAGCGACGGCAGCAACUGGUGCACGUUCUACUGACCGCAGACGUUUCCACCCGCAAGUGCGCAUGUGCUGAUUGUUUUAUCGUGGUACUGUAUUAACAAUGACAUAUAGGCACGUUUCGUAAAAUGCAGCCUAGUUUGUGGCGAUAUUGCUAUAUAUUGGAUUUAUCGGCACACACCUACUGACAAGCCAAAUGGGUUGACUUCAGUUCUAGAGGAAUAUGAAAGAUACUUUUCAAAUACGAAUUAAAUGUGUUGAAUGAGAUCCUGCUUUGUUUUGUACAGUGUAAAGAUUUUUUGUUGUUGUUGUAAAUAAAAUGUCGUUCACUGUAAACAUGUUUGAAUAAAGGCACAGACACACGCAACUAAUACGUAGUACAUUGCGUAUAUAUUCACCCCCUUGAACUUCCCUAUGUUUUGUAGCGUUAUGACCUGACCGAAAUAAAUGGGAUUGUAUGUAAUGAAUCGAAAGGGGGUGAAUACUUACGCGAGGCGCGGGGGGGGGGAUGAAGCGUUCGUUCUGCUUUGCAUUUUGACAUUUAGAACAAAUUCAUGCAUGUUCAAUCAAGACAGCGCAAACUGUUUGGUUCGUUUCGGUGCUUGGCCUUUUGCAACGAAGUCAUUUCUAUCUCUCUUUAUUUCCCUUCCGCGUACAAUCUGGCGCUGUCGCACUUCGUGUGAUUUGUCCGAUAAAAUGCCAAGAUUUGCAUAGUAAAGCGUACGCCGAUGAAAAUGUCAGUCAAAUGCGCUUUUAUCGUAUUGCAGAUCACAUAGCAACAAAGCGGCGGCGGCGCAGCACGCGAAAACCGUUCACGCGUCCUUUCUGAGAAAAUAUUCAAAACGUGCAAUUAAAAAAAAUUCAUUUCCUUUUUGACCAAGAAAAAAAAAAAUGUUUUAUUUAACUUUAAUAAAAAAUAUAAUGUUCUUUUAAUGGGGAUUGUUUGUUGUUGUUGUUGUAAAAGCUUGACACUCCACGUCCUUGCUUUCUACCAUGUCAGGAGCCCAGUGAUUCAAUAAAUUAUGACCCUUUUGUUUAA